UCCAAACCAUCACUUGUUUCGCUCCUGAACAGUGGGCCUAUAUACAAACACGUUGGAUUUGUCGUCUUCUAGUCUGUUUUGUCGACAGAUGGCAGCAUUUCUUUAUUUAUAAAAUGACGAAGACGGUGGUGUCUAACAUCGUCUCACCAUGGCAGAGACUUCUCAUUUUCUAUCAAUGGAUCUUAGACAAUGGAGACAAAAGGACAGACCCAUGGCUGCUGGUGUACUCCCCUGCCCCCAUCACCUGCAUCUUCCUGUGCUACCUCAUCAUCGUGUGGCUUGGACCGAAGCUGAUGGCAAACAAAGAACCAGUCAACAUCAAAGCCAUACUCAUCAUUUACAACUUUGCCAUGGUGUGCCUGUCUGCCUAUAUGUUCUAUGAGUUUACGGCGAGCUCUUGGUUGGCCAAUUACAGUUUACUCUGUCAGCCAGUGGACUACAGCAACAGCCCAUUAGGGAUCAGGAUGGCCAACGUGUGUUGGUGGUUCUACUUCUCGAAAGUCAUCGAGCUUAGCGAUACAGUGUUCUUCAUCUUAAGGAAGAAGAACAGUCAGCUGACAUUCCUGCAUGUCUACCACCACUGCACCAUGAUCUUUAACUGGUGGGCAGGUGUCAAAUACGUCGCUGGAGGCCAGUCGUUCCUGAUUGGUCUCAUCAACUCUCUGGUCCAUGUAGUGAUGUACAUGUACUAUGGACUAGCCGCCCUGGGCCCCCACAUGCACAAGUACCUGUGGUGGAAACGCUACCUGACCUCCUUACAGCUGCUCCAGUUCAUCAUUGUUACUGUCCACACCAUCUACAACCUGUUUGCCGACUGCGACUUCCCCAACUCCAUGAACAUUGUUGUGGUAGCGUACGCCAUCAGCCUGAUCGCACUCUUCAGCAACUUCUACUACCAAAGCUACCUUGCCAAGAGGACCAAGAGGCCGUGACGGCCUGCGUGGAAAGACACACAGGCCCAGCCAAAGAUCUCCCCCCUACCCUGAGACACGU